AUGUCGCGUCUUGGACAAAGAUUUACUGGGUUAAUUCGAAAAAUCAACAAACCAAUGUCUAUCGAAGAUAUCCGAAAAGCCUUGGCACUCUCGGUAGAAGAUAUUACAGAUCCAACUGAGAAAGCAAGAGCACGUAGGGAACUUGAAGAGUACGAUAGAACGAUCGCCUUGGCAAUGCAAGAAGACGAAGAAGAACAGGCAUUAUAUGGUUGGCCGCGUCCUGUUCCCUUACAAAAAAAUUUCGAUUUCGAUAAUAAGCAACAAAAAUCUAUCCCCGCCUCUUCCUCGGUACAAAAUAAUGGUAGUGGUUUAGAAGGUUCCUCCAGCUUUUUAGCCGACAGGAAGGAGAUGGAGCGGGAAAGGCUUGAACGUGCACAGAAGCGACGCGCUAAUAAUCCUUUGGCUUAUACGGCUGACAAAAAAACUAAAAUCGAGAAUGGGCGAAUCGUUCAAGUUUCAGAUAAUGCUUUAAAGUAUGCAAAUGGUGCCUUGAAGUUGACUUAUAUACCUAAUUUCCGAGGAGACUAUGUUAAAUUUGAAGAUCUUAUUGAAAAGUCUAAAGUUAAACGAGCUUUUCUAUCGUGCUUUGUUGUGAGUCUUGAUUGGGUGCAACAGAAUUUUCCAAGUCAAGCAAGGAUAGUAUUGGCGAAACAACGCGAUUAUAGCGCACAAAAGCCUGGCGUAUAUACAACCAUAUUCGACAACAUCGUACUUGUGAAUCCACCAAUGCUUAAUUCAGAGUUUGGAUGUUUUCACGCGAAAAUCAUGUUACUUUACUACGACAACUGGAUGCGAGUUGUGAUAACAUCUGCGAAUUUAAUCCCAAUGGAUUGGGAACAGAUGGAAAACGUUGUUUUCGUUCAAGAUUUUCCACUCCUUGAAACGCCUGCGUCCGAUAUUUCUCAGCAGCCCGAAUUCGCGCAAGACCUAUCAGCGUUUGUAUUGGCGAUGCGUGUGAAAGAUUCGCAGGAUAAAGUGUUGAUUCAGGUUACGGAUAAGCUUUGCCAUUAUGAUUUUAGCAAAGCAAAG